AUGUUGCUAUUGAAUUUGAUUGGUCAGUGGUUGAAGUUUUUCUAUUUAUUUUUGUUGCUGGAUGCUGGAUCAAAGGAUAAAUGCGGUGUAAUGCACAAUCAAGACAUGAAAACUGUAUUUAAUCUUGGAGAAGGCUUGAUAUAUCUGCAGGCGAGUUUGGGUAAAUUAUUGGCUUAUUUAUUUAGAGGAUAA